CAUAAAAUAUGAAAACCACCAUAUUUUUCAAUUAAAGCUUAAUUUGCAGUUAUUUGGGUUAACGAUGAUGUGGAGAGUUUGGGUUUGUUUUGAUAGUGUCGGCUGAGAGUCUCCUUCAACACGGCUGAUGGCGACCCACCACUCUCAGGGUUCUGUGGUGAUUGGAGAUGAUGUCCAUGUCAAUUCUGCUGCGGGAGAUGAAGAACUGCUGAUUAUUGGACAGGAGCAUCAUCACUACCCGUUGCCCAUUAUCCCAGCACUCUACACUAAACUGCUGAUUUUGAUUGUGCUGCCAGCAGGGGGUUUCCUGGUGCCGGUGUUUCAGCAUUCCAGCCCAGGGACAACGGAUGCAUUUUCUGCUCUUCAGUACCUCCAUGUUGUCAUAUGGGGCUUUGUCAUGGCUCUGACAUGGUAUAUAAAGGCUGAGCACAAGAAGUCUCGUAUCCUUGGCUACCACGAUUUCUACAACAUGACGAGGCACCUCCAUAGGGUCACAUUUUAUAUCCUUAGUGGGGGUAAUGUGAUUUUAAUUGUUUUGGGAAGCCUGGUGAAGGAUUACUGCCUCGGGGACAGCACUUCCAGCUGCAGCAUGGAGAUCUCCCUCACCCCUGUUAACUACCAGCAAAUCAUCUUUAUAAUGGAAAUUUUCUUUGCCAUUCCUUUUGUUAUCAAACACAUAGUGGAUGUUGUCCGAUUCAAUGUGGCGGAUUCUCCCCCAGACACCCUGGCAGAAGAUGUGGCAUUAAGAUUCACUCAUCCCGAUUCCUAUGUAGGGGUCAGGGGUCCAAGUAAUCUUGAAUGGGUUCUUGAGCGUCAAGCAGACUUGCUGCAAGUUCUUCGAUACAGAAACUCUGUGUUGACUCAACAAGUUUAUAUGCUCUCUCAGCAAAUUCAGCAUGCUUGAGUAAUGUAGCAGGCUUCCACAGAAACUCGGUGAUGACUCGCCAAUUUGCCCGUACUCCCAACAAUUUACCAUGCUUCAAUGUAGCGGCACUGGCUUCCAAGUCCAGUAUUUCUAGGAUGGAUUUCUUGAGUAUAUUGAUUGUUAGUGUCCUUGAUUUUGUAAAUACUUCAUGCAAGUGAUCCAAUGCCAAAUAUUUGAAAGACAUUUGUGUCGUAUUUGAUUAUCAGUAAUAUCAGAUAGUCUUUUAUGGAGUGCGUUCAAUAACUAUUGGAAAUUUAUUGCCAAAGUUGCUUAUCAAAGAGACUAAGCUGUAUUUUUAAAAACAAUAGGUGCAGUAUUUAAAAAAAAAUGAAAAUUUUAUUAAAUUUGUAAUUUUGUAUAAUGGUCUUGACAAAUGACCAAGACUGGCUGACAAACUGUUUUAUAUAUUACAUAGUUUAAGUAAUUUGAUAUAAAAGUCGCCUGCUUUAUAUUUAAGGUCAAGAUGCAUCAGUAUCCUAUAUCAACAAUGUUUUUAUGGUGGAUUCCAUGGUUCUUGUUGAGAUUUAUUACACUACGUCUUUGUAAAGCUAUAUUUUUACUGUAGCAAAUCACUUCACUUAAUCUCUGAGAAAUAGCCUUUAUAGUUCAAGUAUUUGAGCUCAAGUUUGUAUGGGACCACUUUUACGUUUAUUAGCAUAUCAAAAGGUGGAUUUUGCUAUUGGGCUCUUUUUUUUUUUUUUUUUUUUUUUUGUUUCUUCUUGAAAAUGCUGUCCUUUUGUGUUAUGGGCCAUAUGAUAUACUGUAUAAAGUGAGGUAUGUUUUUAUUGUGUAGCCCCCAUUGAAUAGUGUUAAUACACAGUCACUGUUCUUCAUGCAUAAGCUAAUGCAAAUGAGAUUAGUUGUUUACAUUGUAGGAUUGUCAUUUAACCGUUAAAUAUGGCUCGGCUAAUUAACCCUCGCAAUGCUCUGCGAUUGUAGUCAUUUAAGGGUUGCUGUUUAUUAACAACAUCACUAGCUAUUUUACAUGAGCCUCCAGUUGUCAUGUACCAUGGACUGAUUGCAUCACCUUGUGCCAAUGUUGAUAUAUUGUGUUGUGCUAGAAAUAUAUACGGAAAGUAUAUAUAUUUUUUUAGCCUAACAGCUGUGCUAGAGUUGAGGUUGUUUGCUUAUGCAAUGUAAUUGCAAUGCAGAUUGCAUAUUAUUGAACACUGUUGUUUAUGUAACCUUUUUAUGGUUUACUGUACCAAUGUUUUUCUUUGCAUAUAUUACAUCAGUGCAGUAUGACAUAGAGGUUAAAUUGACAAGUGAAUAGUCAUAUUAAUGUGAGUAAUUAUUUGUGAAUCAAAGUGUGUAAUAUAUUAUUUUAAAUUACAUAAAUAUGUAGUUAUUCUCCAGUUGGGAUACCUAAUGGUUUUCCCAGGAAUUAUUUUUACCAAUGGCAUUCUUUGUGCAAUAUCUGCAAAAUGGCCUUGUAUAUCACCUUGGAAAUUUCAAUUUUGAUAUAUGGUGGAGGAAGGAAGGUGCCUAUUAUUUUGGGGACAUUUUAAACACAGGCUUCUCCAGGAAGGGAAAGACUUUGAAUGAUAUCCUAUGAGUGAAUACUCCGAACACAGACAAGAUUUUGACACACGCGUUGUUGACUAGAGAUGCUUCCACCAGUCUCAGUUGUGAACAGAACACUAGGAAAUUUUGCAGUAGAACCAAAUGUAGGCUCAUUUUUUUGAAUAUUGAAAGAAUGGUCAAAGAUAUUCAAAUUAGAUUUGGAAUGUCUUAAAAUUGUAACAUAUGCUAAGCAAAUUUUCAUCUUCAUGUCCCAUAUAUUUGUAAAGUUAUUUGGACCUCAGACUACUCCGUAUACCCCCCCCCCAUAUGUAUGCUUCAUAAACCCGUCCCCCCCCCAUAUGUAUGCUUCAUAAACCCUUCCCCUUCCCCCAUAUACCCCCCUCUGUAUAUAUCCCCUGUACUCAGUACAGUGCCCAGCAAUCAUAGCAAGCCUCAUACUUGUUACACCGCCCUGUUUGUGUCCUGUGAUUUGCCAGCUCGGGGAUACCUUUCUUGAUUACCCUUCUUGUGAUGGAAACGUAUCUAGUCGUGAUUAGAUGCUAAAGUGAAUUAUAACUUGCUAACAUUAAUUAUCUCGGGCAUAUCAUCUUCUUUCUUGUCAUUACGUAUUUGAAUUUGCCUCCAGGUAACCGAUUUAAAUGACAUUUCAGAUGUCAUUUAAACACGUAACACGUAAAAUACGUAAACGCGUAAAAUACACGUAAAAUAAAUUGACUGAAUUCUGAAUUUUGUUAUAAAUGGUAAGUGAUGCUUUGAACAAUAAGGAGUAAUACUAGUAAAUUUCUAGAAUAAUCUAGUUUUGUCAAUUUUUGACAUGUGUGUCUAUAUCACUUUUAACAAACAGUGCCUCAGCAAGUGCAAUUAUAUAUCUGUCUAGCCAAAUAGAAUUUUUACUAUUUCUUUUUAAGAUUAUCUGUAAGAGUUUUUAGUUUUAAUUAUUAGGCAGCAAGCUGUAUUGUUACCUUUUUGCAUUUAUUGAAGUCUUCCAUAAAAUAUUAUGGUUAUUUUCACAUUGCUUUGGAAGAGGGAAUGUUUUUUUUCAGUCUGUCAUCCAGAAACAAUAGUAGAGAAACAAUAGAAACAAUAGUAGAGUACAGCAACUAUUGGUCAAAACAUACAAAAGCAGACUCUUCUACCCCAAAAAAUUUUUUGCAAUAUUAAUUUUGUAGAGGACACAAAACAAGGCAGGAACCCAACCUAAACUUUUAUUGGUCCAUUAUAGGACAUAUAUGUACUAAAUUAGGCCUAAGAUGGCAUAUAUUUGACCUAGGACAGGUUAGAUUAAGUUGAACAGUGCAGCCUCAUUUUGCCAAAUCUCCGAUUGCAAUACACACACUUCACGUUGGUUUACUCACCCGUUUCACUGAACAAGUACUUAGCAUCGGCGAAGUGGGCUGUGUGUGGAUUGCUUUGGAAGCUGGGCCAGAAUUCACAGACUUAUGGGAAAGUUGCCCAUCAUAUGAUUGGUUGAAAUUAAUAUUUCGCUCAGUGAAAUUAACCCAUUGAGCAUGGGGAAAUAUUAGGGUUACCUUGAGAUGAUUUCAGGGCAUAGCAUCCUCGUGGCCCGGUCAUCGACCAGGCCUCCAAGUGUAUAAAUAAUAACUUGUAAUAUUGUUGCACUCAUGAUUUUAAUAGAUGGAUUCAAUAUUGGGGGGGGGUGGAAUUGGAGCCUUGAAAAGACCAUUGAGCAUAUUUAAAAUUAUAUUCUAUGAUUUAGUGUCUUUUGACUUGUGGCUUUUGUUCACAUACACAUGGCCCUUUUACAUUUGAAAUUGUGGUUUUGAGGCCAGGGCAUGUGAAAUAUGCUCAGUGUGGUGAAGUGUCUUUACAGACAGAUUCUCCUGUUAGUUUUUGAGCAAAUAAUACAUUUAAAUUAAAAUUGUAAUCAGUGAAAUUAACCCAUAGGAUCUGGGAAAAAUUAAAGAUUGAAUGGCAACUGUUGUUAUGGCUUCAGUCACAUGUUAAACAAUUAUCAUAUAUGAAUGAAACAUUAGGAGAAAGAAGCAAUAAUAGAACUGUACUUUCCUUGUCUUUAAAAUUAAAAAAUAUUGCAUCACACAAAUACCUCCUAAAGGCAUUUUCAGUUGCAAUGAAUCCUUCACUCCAAUGAAUUGGAUGUUUGGUCCCAUAUAGUUUGCUGAAUUAAGAUUGCACUGCAGAGUUGCUGUACUUUUCUAACUUUUGGCAUGCCAUUUGGAGUACUGUAUUCCAAUAGUACAAAACAUGAACUUUUGGGGGAUUCUACAAUCCAUUUUUGCACAUUCCACUACUAGUUGCUCUAAGAACUAUUGUUUCUGGAGGAUGGAUUUGUGUUUUCAGAAUAUAUAAUUAAUUUUGUUAUUGCUUUUGGUUUAAUUUUUUUAUUUUAUCUGAUGCCACAUUGCCUUGGAAUGGCUCCAUCUUUAAGGUCAGCCACAUGCAGAUUCUUUCCCAGAGGUAAAACGAAAUCACAAUAGCAUGAUGUACUGUAUCAACGAGCGAAUUCUGGAGCAAUAGAGUGGGACCUGUUGCACACGAGUUUGGUCCCACCGUAUUGCUCCAAAGUUGUCUCACUUUCCCAAAUGUUCAAAUGUCUUCAGGUGUCAUAUAAUUCUUGUUGUCGUUGCUGAUAUUUACGCGAGCCAUUUGCUACUUGCAUCAUGUAGACACAAAAGACGAUGGAUGAAUUAAAUGACGAUGCACCCUUAUGUGUGAAACAUCGUCAAUUGGAAUACAGUAUACUGUGUUUGUCUAUAUGAACAUAAAUAAAUGAAUCUGUAC